UGUCAACAGUUCCUCCCCGAUCUUAAAACCCCAGCGACAGGAGGCACAUACUGGAUAGAGGACACGACGUUUUCGAGUGGACGGGAAAACAUGUCUCGGUUAUUGUUUUGUUCUUUGUCGAGGAAUAUGCAUUGACUUUCUGGCGUUCCUUGGGAGUAAAGGUUGACGCAUUUUAUUCAGCAGAAAUAAACGUGUGUUUCUGCCUGUGUCAUAUUACCGAGGAGAACAAUGAAACGGCAAGUACCGUUUUUUGUCUCGUUCCUUUUUGUCAGCUCCGUUUUGGGGCAUGUCAGCUACUCCAUUAACGAGGAAAUGUCAGUGGCUUCCGUAAUUGGAAGAAUAGCACAAGAUUUGGGUUUGGACGUAGAGAAACUAAAAUCACGCAAGGCUCGUGUGUUUUUUGGUGAUAGCAGAGAAUAUAUUGAGCUAAAUAAAGACAGGGGAGUCCUCCUUAUCAAAGAAAGAAUAGACAGAGAGACGCUCUGUGGUCGGAUGAUUCCAUGUGCUCUACAAUUCCAAAUUAUUUUAGAGAAACCUAUUGAAUUUUACAGAGUACAUGUUGAAAUUGUGGAUAUAAAUGAUAAUGCCCCCCUUUUCGAAAAAGGGGAUAUUAAAUUUAAAAUAAGCGAGUCUGCAGUCAUCGGGUCGAAAUUUGAUUUAGAAAGGGCGGUGGAUUUGGAUGUGGGAAUUAAUGGUCUCCAAAACUACAUCCUCAAACCGACUGAUAAUUUUGCUCUUAAAUUACACAAUCAGCCAGACGGCUCCCGAAAUGUUGAGAUGGUUUUAAAACAGCCUCUUGACAGAGAGAAAAAUGAACAUUUAUCUUUAGUGUUGACGGCCGUAGAUGGAGGAGAACCUCAGCUGUCAGGGACAAUGCAGAUUCAGAUCACGGUGUUAGAUGCUAAUGAUAAUGCACCCGUUUUCACGAAGUCGGUAUACAAUGCUAAUGUCGCAGAAAAUUCACCAAGAGGCACAGUUGUGACUAUAGUCAGUGCAUCAGAUGCUGAUUAUGGAUCAAAUGGACGAAUAACGUAUUCGAUCAGAAAUACUUUAGACGAUGUCAGACAACUGUUUGAGGUAAAUGAACACACAGGCGAGGUUAGAUUAACAGGAAAUAUUGACUACGAAAAGUCAAACAAUUAUCGGAUAAAUGUGCGUGCAAGUGAUGACGGAGGACUAACGGACACAUGCAAAGUAAUAGUUGACGUUAUGGAUGUGAACGAUAAUCACCCCAUUAUUAACAUAAUGUCUGAAACAAAUGUUAUAUCUGAAGAUAUCAAAAGCAACACUGUAGUGACAAUAAUUAAUAUUCAAGACAUAGACGACAGCGAGAAUGGCAAAGUCAGCUGCACAAUAAAUGAAAAUAUUCCGUUCAUAUUACAAUCAACGGAAAAUAAUUUCUAUACUUUAGUAACAGACAGUGAUUUAGACAGAGAGAGAGCCUCUGAGUAUAACAUCACUGUGAUCUGCUCUGAUGAGGGAGUGCCCUCCCUCUCCAGCAGUGUCACUCUCACCUUACAGAUCUCAGACGUUAAUGAUAACGCACCUGUCUUUGAGAGGAGCUCAUAUGAGGCCUACAUUGUAGAAAACAACACGCCAGGUCUCUCUAUAUUCACAGUCAAAGCCUCAGACGCUGACUGGAACCAGAAUGCCCGUGUUUCUUACAUACUGGAGGACUCCUCCGUUAAUGGAGUGCCAGUCUCCUCAUAUGUGUCCGUUAGUGCUGAUAGUGGAGUCAUCCAUGCAGUGCGCUCUUUUGACUACGAGCAGAUCAAAGAUUUCCACUUCCGCGUAAAAGCGCAGGAUGGAGGCUCUCCUCCACUCAGCAGCAACGUGACUGUGAAAAUAAUGAUCCAAGACCAGAACGACAACCCCCCUCAGGUUCUGUACCCAGUCCAGACUGGUGGCUCUCUGGUGGCUGAAAUGGUGCCUCGUUCAGCAGAUGUGGGCUAUCUGGUGACUAAAGUGGUGGCUGUUGAUGUGGACUCUGGACAGAAUGCCUGGCUCUCCUAUAAACUGCAGAAAGCCACAGACAGGGCGCUGUUUGAAGUGGGCUUACAGAAUGGAGAAAUCAGAACUAUCCGCCAAGUCACUGAUAAAGAUGCUGUCAAACAAAGACUGACUGUUAUAGUGGAGGACAACGGGCAGCCCUCUCGUUCAGCUACAGUCAUUGUUAACGUGGCGGUGGCGGACAGCUUCCCUGAAGUGCUGUCGGAGUUCACUGAGUUGACGCACGACAAGGAGUACAAUGACAACCUGACUUUUUACUUAGUCUUGGCUCUGGCUGUAGUUUCCUUCCUUUUCAUCACGUGUUUAGUGGUUAUUAUAUCAGUCAAAAUCUACAGGUGGAGACAGUCUCGCAUCCUGUAUCACUCCAAUCUCCCUGUUAUUCCAUAUUAUCCACCACGUUACUCAGACACUUUGGGGACAGGGACUCUGCCACAUGUGUACAAUUACGAGGUGUGCAGGACGACUGACUCCAGAAAGAGUGACUGUAAGUUCGGCAGAGCUGGUAGUCAGAACGUGCUGAUAAUGGACCCCAGUUCUACAGGAACGAUGCAGCGGAUACAGAGUGAAAAGAGCAUCCUGGAUGAACCAGACUCUCCUCUAGAGGUUAGACUCUUUAAAUUCUGAUAAAUCUAUACAAUACUAUUCCCCGCUGUUUUUACUACCUGUCCAAGUA